AGUAAAAAUCUCGCAUACCAGAUAACCUAGAUAUAGCAAAUUCAUGCUAUGAUACCUACUUUGGUUCACAAGAGUGACAAUGGCGGCUGCAUACAUGCCAUACCACAAAAAAACGUGUUUUUUGUUCCGUGGUUUUUACGUAUCCAUUCGAGUAUAAACUCCCUAAAACCCGCUGAUUCUUAAAAAUUACGGCAUCCCCCAGAACAGAUACGUAAUAAACCACAAAUAAUUUUGCCGCUGGCCAAAUUCAAUGUUGUAUUGUUAUUAAGGAUACACGAGUGUUAUUUACUUAAAACUCUGUAAUAUGUAUUUGUUAUUAUUCGUUUGUUGGUUGUGCAUUACCGUAGCAGAAACUAUCGGUAGCGAUCUCACGGGUAAUGUUAUUGAGUAUGAAGUAGGCGAGGUAUUGCAAUUUUCAUGUAAAAAUGGAAGCUCACGAUGGAAACGUCUUUACCAGGUGCGCCAUGAGCUGGAUGGAGUUAACAUCACUGUACCUAGCGAAACAGAAUCUAUGAUUAAUCUGACUUACACUAUAAUCGCUCAUGAUUUCGACCAUGAGUCCAAAGUAUUUUGUGUUAGAAAGCAGAAAAUUUUUAAUGAAACAACAACUUAUCAAGUUAUAGAAAGUGAGCCCAAGAUACUGAGUUUGAGAUCAGGUAAUCGUUCUGCAAUAUGUGAGAAUCGUCAUGAAGGAAAAAAAUCAAAUAAUCAUUACUGCAAAAAGAUAAAAAACAUGAGAAUAGACAAUGGAAACGACGUAACUGCAAUUCAAGAAAAAGCUGUCCUACUGAAAAAUACAGAUUCUGGUUGCAUAUCUUUUUGUACUAAUUUGCAUAAAAUUGGAUCUAAUAAGUACACGCGGAACAUUUAUAACAAAACUAAGUAUUUAUAUCACCAAAGGCCUUGGUUACCCAUCGGAGCUAUUACCGAAGUCGCGCUCAUUCUUAUACUGGUUACAAUUUACUUAUUUCUUCGGAAAAAGAGGCAUAGACCGGCUAACGUCACCACACGGUCUAAAGAAGACGUUGAACAAUUAUACGCAGCCCCUCACCAACUCGUCUACGCAGAAUUGGAAUUGGCUAACAGGAGUCCCAGCGUUAAUGUGCCACCAGUCAGAGAGGAAGCACAAUACACACAAAUCAUCGGAUGUGUGGCAAAAAAAAAACAAACCAUUUGAAACUAUUCUCUUAUAGACAGUGGCGGCCUUAAGGUGAACCCGUCUAUGCCUCGCGCGAUGAUUUGGAGGACUUUUGUUUACGAUAUUACCGAUAAAACUGUUGAAAGCCGGGAAACUUUUGUUACUUUCACCUGGAGCCUCGCGUCGGUUAAGGCCGCCAUUACAAAUAGAUAUUGAAAAUCAAGGAGCAUUGUAUUCUGCGGUAAAGGGCUAUUGUGAGCGAAUCCGAAUAUGGGCGAAGUCUCUUAUAAAUAUAUGAUUAUUGAAUGUAAUGAUCAGACAAAUAUUCAAGAUAGUAUUUAUUGAAUCAACUACUUUUUUUUACUUUUUAUUAUAGAAAUCUUAUCUUAGGUACAAAUACUUAUUAUAAAUGAAAUGCAUUUGAAAAUGUUUUUUAGAAGCAAAGGCAAAAACUGUUGAACGCAUUUGGAUAACACUUGGUAGAACAAGUCCUAGAUUAAAUUAUGGACUGCCUCGAUGGCGUAGUUAUAUAACUUGAGUGGUACUUACGAUCUGAGAUCUCGGGGUUCGAAUCCACGAGUCGGGCAAAGUUCGCCUGCUAUCACAUCAUGUGACGGAAUACACACUGCGAAAAAUUAAUGCACUAGUUGCGCCUCUGCCUACCCCUUCAGGAAUAAAGACGUGAGUGUGUGUAUCUUAUUCUUCUUAUGCCAAUAGUCUACUUUCUUAAGAAAUAAGUAAGUAUUUGAAAUUUGUUAUCUAUUUUUUUAAUAGAUGGCGCUGACGUCGUUCAGAUGACGCUAUAGUUCGUUAGUCUCUCAACCAAUCACAAUAAAACGACACCGGACACAGAGUCGUGUGAUGUUUUUUGCCACAUUCUAAGGACACUGAGUAGUUAUUAGGGCAGACGACUUUCUUCAUAUCAUAAUUUUCGGGGCAGUCGUUUCUACUGUGUAGGUAUUAUCACAUUACGACAAAUAAAAAAGUGUUUGUAACAAUUAUUUAUUAUACAUAACAUGGUCAA